AUGAGUGAUAAAACAGAUAUCAGUGAACAAAAGAGUGAGGACAAAAAGGAUAUUGAGCUGGAGGAACGUGAAAAGAUGCUGAAUGCUGAAAAUAAAGCUCAUAACAAAGAAGUAAUGGAAGAGAAAACUGAAGAGAAAAAAGUUCCUACAGAACUGAAAGAGGGAAUGGAAGUGAAACCAAAAAAAAUUCCUAUUGGGGGGAUUCAGAUGCCUGGAUUUUUUACAAGAAGCAAAUCUAAAGAAAGAUGCAAAGAGGAUGAUUCUGUUGAAGUUGAAGGAGUAGAGUUGAUCCAGAAGAGCACAGAAAAUAAUGAUAACAGUAAUUCACAGACAAAGAUUAAAUUACCAAAUCCUUUCAGGAAAUCCAAAGUAGAAGAAGAUGGUGAUAAAACUACAGAACAGAAAGAAAAGAAAAAGUUAUUGAACACCAUUAGGUUACCAUUAGUGUCUGUUUUCCCAAAAAAGAAAAAGGAUGACAAUUUAGAAAACCAGGCACAAGCUGGCUUAGCUUCAAUGGAAACAUUGGAUGACAAGAGCACAGAUGAAAAGAGUAAUGAUGAGAAAAAUAUGAAAAAUGUUGCUUUGGAUGAUAAAGUUGAUAUAGAAAAUCAAGAUAGAACAAAGGAUUUGCCACUUACUCUAAAAUUGAAAGACUACAAAGUUGUUAUUGGCAUAGCAAUAUUGUUCAUCAUCACAAUUAUAAUAAUUAUUAUCAUGGCAUUGCCUGGAAAAAAUUCAGAAAAAUCUCGCCCACUAAGAGAUGGAAAAUUCAUUGCUACACACACUGGAUGUGGACAAGUUGAAGGCACUAUGGAAGAGGGCGCCUACGCGUUCAGAGGCAUACCCUACGCCAGACCCCCCAUCGGCGAUCUGCGGUUCAGAUACGCCCAACAACUCGACAGCCUCCAGUACUGCUGGAACGGCACUUUGCCAACGCACAACUCGACCCCUCCGUGCCUCCAGAUACUCAGCAACGGUACCCUAUUGGGCCAAGAAGACUGCCUCACUUUAGACGUCAUAACUCCUUCCGUGAGCUACGACAAUCCCUUGCCGGUGGUGGUAUUACUAGGAGCUGAUAGCUUCAUGGGGGGCUCUCCAGGGAAGAUGGUAGCCUCGCCCAAGGUGUCGAGAUUGAAGGAGGUGGUUUUCGUGCGGCCUAAUUUCAGGCUAGGGGCUCUGGGCUUCCUAGCGCUGCAGGCUCUCUCGGAGUCCGAUUACCCCAAGACUUCUGGAAAUUAUGGACUGUCUGACGUGCUGGCUGCUCUCAAGUGGGUGCAGUUGAACAUCGAGCACUUUGGGGGCGACAAAAAAGCGGUUACCAUCUUCGGGCACAGAGCGGGGGCGACUCUGGUGACCGCUCUGGCGAGUAUGAGGGACGCUAAGAAGUACUUCGCUAGGGCUUGGGCUUCUUCCGGUGGGGCGGUUUUCCCGAAGAAGACGGUCGCUGAGGCGGAGGCGGAGAAUCAGAGUUACAUGGAGUCGGUGCAGUGCGAGGACGCUGGGUGUUUAAGGGGUUUGGAGGCAGAGAAGUUGGUGACCAGCGUGGAGGAUACUUGGAGGAAGGCUCAGCCGGAUUUGCCGAUGGAGGAUGAGAAGCCUGAGGAAGGGCAUCAGUGGCUGGUUUUGGAUGGUCGAAUCCUCCGAGAAUACCCCGACGAGGUAUGGAGCAAAGAAGAGGGACUCCCGGUACCGCUGGUACUGGGUACCACUGCCCAAUCCGGCGCUACCGAAAAGCUGCUGAUGAAGCACACGCAAUGGACCGACGCUCUAGUCAAAGAGCACAUCUCCAGGUCCGUUCUGUCCACGAAGAAUCUCAGCGAGACCGCAUCAAAAAUGUACUCCUCCACAUACAAAGGUUUGAGCUCUCUGAUUUCCGACAUCAGGACGGUUUGUCCGUUGUUUUCGCUGUCCAAUCAGAUGCCCAAAGUUCCUUUUUACGUGGUUACCCAGCCUAGAUCCGGAUUGGGCUAUGCUGACGUGGAUUCGGAUGUUGAGGUCAUUUUGGGUGGUUACAAACCUGCGGUUGCAGAGGAAAGUAGGUAUUUCUCGUCGUUGCAAAAGUUGUUUUAUGAUUAUGUUAAUCGUGGGGUGAUUGACCAGGAGAUGACGGGACAAAAGGUUCUGUUGGUAGGGCCGGAGGUGCUGCCUAAUUCGACGUAUUCGCAUUGCACGUUUUGGAUAUUGAAGAAUAUCGUUCCGUUGUAUGCUGCUCUUGAUUAA